AUGGAAUGCUCAAGGGCUCAACCCAUAUCCGCAUGCGAUCCGCUACCGGAUGGGGCGCCUUUGAUACCGGCCAGGACACAGGCCUUCUUCAUUUCAACCAGCGUCUCUUUCACCAAGGUGCCUUCAGAAUGGAAGUCUUUAAUCACUUCGACCUUCACUAGUACUGAUAGAUUAGGAUCACUCAAACGGGUCGAUGAAUGUAGUUAUGACUCCUGUUGGCGAGACGCAUUCUAUCCAUGGACUGGUGGCUAUCUAGCUGAAUACAAAACAGCUUGGAUCGAGGAGUGCAUUAAUGCCCACAACGUUGGAAUCGCUCUGGCCCUGGCUGCGAUAGCUGGGACUGCUCUUAUCUUGGGCCGGCCCUUUUAUUGA